AUGCACAGGUGAGGUCUUUAUAAACAGUGAGCGGGCAUAGGAAAAACCAGGAGUGGUUGUUUCCCCCUAAGAUAGACAGACUCGUCUCCAGACUCUACAGAACACAGUUGUCUUCUCUCCACGGAUCAAGCCCUAUCAGACUGAGAAACAUGUCCUCCUCCUCUCUCCCGUGGUGCCUGCUGGUGGUGUGUGUUCUGACUGUGGUCCAGAUCUAUGCAGCAGAGGAACCUAUGGUCCUCAAGGUGUUCAACCUCCAUGCCACUGACCUGCACAGCAGCCUGCUAGGGACCCCUGAUGCCUACGUCGAGGUGUUCAGAGCGCACGGCUUUCUCGGGAGGACAGAGGUGAAGAACAACAACCAUGACCCCAGCUGGAAGGAGGAGUUCAGCUUCCUCAACGCCCGUGAGAACAACAUCUUGAGGUUGGAGGUGUACGACAGCGACAUCAACUCCGACGACCUGCUGGGGACCUGCGAGCGCUCCAUCAAGAUUGGAACUUGGCAACAUAAAUGUUUCCUGAAGACAGGCGGGAUCCUGAACUACUCCUACACCCUAGAGCCUCUACAGUAGACCCUGUACUACUCCUACACCCUAGAUCCCCUACAGUAGACCCUGUACUACUCCUACACCCUAGAGCCGCUACAGUAGACCCUGUAUUAGUCCUACCCUACACCCUAGAGCACCUAGCCUAGCAUAGAGCCCCUCCAUCAACUACUGUAAUCCAACAAUACUCAGCUAGAGUAGCUAGACCUCCUCCUCCCUUGUCUGACCCCUCAUCUGUUACAUUGCUAUCUCAUUCCAAAUCAAAUCAAAUCAAACCUUAUUGAAGCCAGCCGCCGCCAUAUCGGUUCUCCUCAUAAAGAGCAGUCCCCCAUAGGAUGUCACGGACAAAAUUACAUGGAUUUAAUUCUUUCUUUGUUGUAACAUUGGUACUCCUUAAAAAUGCUACUUUAUUAUACUUUAAAAGUAUGCAUUAAGGCAUAUAUAAUAAAUUAUACUUGGCAAAAACAAAUGUUGACAACAAUAAAUGCAUUUCUAUAUAAUCCCAAAUUGUUUUUACAAUGGUGAAGGAGUUGAAUGGUGAAGGAGUUGAAUGGCUGCGCAGUGGCUUCCAAACAGCGGCCAAUGUUAGUCAUCUAGGGUUUUAUACACAUUAUUGAUUCCUUACACCCUCAACUAGAGAGUAUGCCUGCUCUUACCAACAACAACAUCCAGCCCUCAUCUAACCCCUCUCCUCUGACAUGGAUUUCUCUUUCUCCUCAAACUGAGCUGAAAAACCGUCCUCCCCCUGACCUCAUCCUCAGGCUCAUCAUAACAGACUAGAUUCUAGAACAUUGAGCAGUACAAAACUCCACCUCCCCCCUACAGUUAGUUCAUUGUAAUUAGUGUCUACACAUGUACCUUAGAACUGCAGUAGUAAAUGAGUUAACAUCUGUCACUCACUGGUGUCUGGCCUGCUGUCACUGUGUCUAGCCUGCUGUCACUGUGUCUGGCCUGCUGUCACUGUAUGACAUCAAUUAAUACAAAUCUUGUUUCCCUGCA